AUGGCUCCCUCUCCUUUCCAUCCUAAAGCUUCACGCCAUGCUCGUUCCAUCAGUUUGCCCUCCAGAUCUCAUCCUCUUACUAUUCAAGUUGAGGAGCAGUUGCACAGGUUAAGGGCUUCAGAAGCCACCACAUCAUCUUUGGCAUCGUCAUCAUCAAUAUCUUACAACUUGAGUGACCUCAAGUAUUUACAUGACAGCAUCAAUGAUUUGCUUCAUUUGCCACUGACCCAACAAACAUUAGCACAAGAACAAGGAGAGAAAUGGGUUGAUGAGGUGUUGGAUGGAUCUCUCAGAUCGCUGGAUGUGUGUAGCACAGCAAGGGCUGUUCUUUCACAGAUGAAAGAAUGUGUAACAGAGCUUCAAUCUUCCCUCCGUAGAAUAAGAGGGCAAUCUGGUCUAGCAAAUGAAGUAGAAGCAUACAAAAUGGCCAGGAAGAAGUUGACCAAGGUGAUGAGCAAGUGCCUUGGACAUCUAAGGAAAGUACAGAAGCAGAGUGCAUUUUCCUCUCUCUUAGACAAAAACCGCGACAUUGUUGCCAUAGUUAGCGUGCUAAGAGAAGUGGAAGCAAUCACCCUCUCCAUGUCCGAGUCCCUGCUGUCACUCCUAUCUGGACCAAAGGCGAUGUCAAGGCCUAAUGGUUGGACUUUUGUUUCCAAAUUGAUAAAUAGGAAUUUUGGGGCAUGCGAUUGGAAAGAGAUGGAGAGAUGUGCAUUUGAGAAGGUGGAUGUCACACUAGGCACCCUCCUUGACCACAAGACACACAAGGGCACUGAGUUAGGCAUUUUGAAGCACAGAAGCAAUUGGAGACAAUGGAGGUGA